AUGUCGCCCAGCUUGAGCCUUGUAUGUAUAAGGGCGCAUGUUUUGUGGUCGGAGGCAGCGAGUGCUGCGCGGCGCCGGCGCAUCGGGCGCGGGGAAGCCGGCGGUGAGCCAUCGCCCGCGCCCAAGCCGGCAUUCGCCGCAAGCCGGCGCACUCCCGGCGAACUGCCGCGCCGGCGCACGGACGCAUGCCGCCCUCCCACGCCGCCCAGCAUCCUGGAAUAA